AUGUCGAAGUUUGAAGAAAGUGUGCUUUCAAGUAGUGAUGAUGAGGUGCAGGACCAUUUGUCUAAGAGUUUCAGUAAAUCCUUAACCUUAAAGGAAACGGAAACAGAAGAGGACAGUGAUGUGGGAUGCGUUAAUUUGGACGUUAAUCGUUUAAGGCAAAGGCAACUCGAUAUUAUUGAAACCGAUUCCAGUGAAAAUGAGUGGGAAGACGUCAGGGCCUUUUCCCCAACAACUAGGUUAAGCAUCACCGGCAUCAAGAGUCAUUUAUCAUCCGAUGAAUCAGAUGAAUCAAGCGACAUUGAAUAUGAUCGUUUCAAGGAUACGAUGCAUGGUUAUAUGUCAAGUGCUAAAAAGAAAGAAACGGACUCGACUUUUUUUGUACAACAAUCGUCAAUCAAGCAAGAUUCUACAGCGAGUGGAAACAAGAAAUUAAAAAAUAAAGAUUUAGAAGUCUAUCAGCGAAACGAUGAAGAUCCCGUCUUAACAACAUCAAAGGACAUAAUUCAGAAAAGUUUCCAAAAAUCUGAGAUUAAUGAAUCUUUAGUUGAUAUCGUGGAGACAGCUUCCGUCAGCACCGAUUUGGCAAUUACAGAAAGCUAUGAGAUGCCAGUACUUUCUCCAAGUACCAGUGAUUAUAUUGAGAGAGAACACAAAACUGACAGCACCGUCAUAUCAAAGCAAUCGUUAAUGAAGUAUGUUUCACAGGAAUAUUUCCAGAAAGAGGCUAAACAUUUAGAAGAUUUGAAGUCAAAAAAAACUUAUUUCGAAAAACUUUAUAAACGUACCGCCAAAAAUUUACCAGAUGAAGGCAAACGGUUAGACCGACAAAUUAAGAAUUUAGGGGAAGAUAUAGCUAUUAGAAGCAAAUGUUUAGCUUCCAUGGUGGUGGAAGAUAAGCCGCUUGCCAGUCCUCUUUCGUUGACAUUACAGGGACAACGGAAAGACAAUUUCAACACAGUUCCCGAUUGCAAUGUGCUGUCGAACGAUAUAAAUAGUAAAAAGGCUAACGACGCGACCACGCAGGGCAUAGCAACAAUCGAAAACCAAAAAGCUUUGACUGUAGAUAAUUUGAAAGCCCUUCAUAAUGCCUUGGGCAAUUGUCCGACUGCAGAUACAUUGGCCGAUGAUCCCAAAGGCUUAACUGUUCCAUUAAUGCGCCAUCAAAGGCAAGCUUUGGCGUGGAUGUGUUGGCGUGAACACGAAAAACCCAAAGGAGGUAUUUUGGCAGAUGACAUGGGCUUAGGGAAAACCUUGACCAUGAUAGCUUUAGUGUUGGCUUGUGAACUUAACGAACGAAGCCAAUCCGAAGAUGAUGACAAUGAAAACGAUGAAGACAACAAUUGUAAAUGGUCUUCAAAAAAGAGAAGAGACUACUACCCAGGCGGAACGUUGAUUAUAUGCCCAGCCAGUUUAUUAAGCCAGUGGGAAUUUGAAAGGAAAAAUAAAAUUUCCGGAGCGAAACCAGCGACCUGCCUUCAUCAUGGCAAAAAGCGUGAAAGUACAUCCAAGCUUUUGUGUACUUAUGAUAUUGUAAUUACCACGUACACUAUUGUAACUAAUGAACAUAAAGUCAGAGGCGCCCUAUUUGGUAUUAAAUGGAAGCGCAUUGUCCUGGAUGAGGGUCAUAUUGUUCGCAAUCAUAAAUCGCGCACCUCAGUUGCGGUAUGCGCACUAUAUGGGAUUUAUCGAUGGGUUUUAACAGGUACACCUAUACAUAAUAAGCAAAUGGAUGUUUACGCUCUUUUGAAGUUCUUGCAUUAUUCGCCAUUUGAUCAACUAACUUAUUGGAAGAGAUGUAUUGAAAAAGGUGCAAGUGGCCAACAACGUUUAAACACUAUUUUGAAUACUGUGUUGUUGAGGCGCACUAAAGCACAAUUGCAGGCGCUGGGUGAGCUUAGCAAUUUACCUCAAAAACGUACCGAUCUAAUUGAAAUUGAAUUGGAUAAAGAUGAAAUGAAUGUUUAUCAAAGAGUGAUGACUUACUCACGUUAUUUGUUCGCCCAAUUCCUGAUGCAGAGAGCUGAGCGUGAUCCCGAUUUUCUAUAUAGCAAACGAGGUUCUAGUUUAAAAGAUGCUUACCAUAAAAUACAUGAAAAAUUCAAGAAAACACAUCGCGACGGAGUAGAGAUCAAAUCUCAUGAAAUAUUGGUCUUACUGUUAAGGCUAAGGCAAAUUUGCUGUCACCCAGGUUUAAUAGUUUCUAUGUUGCAAAGUGACGAAGUUCAGCAGAUGAGUUCCGAAAGCGAAGCAACGCAAACGGAAUUUGAUCUGUUAGAACAAUUGAAUAAAAUGGCCACUGACGAUAACAAUGAGACUGUAAGAGAUAUUUUCGGCAAUAGAGCGUGUGGUGAUUGCGACACUUUGCCUACAUCCAAAGCGUCAAUGGGAGUGUUGAAAAAAAGUAAUCCGGUCUUUGAUUUUAAGAGACCAUCGUCCAAGAUGAGAAAAGUUCUGGAAAUACUAAGAAUGAAUGUACUAAAGACAAACGAUAAGGCCAUUGUCGUGUCGCAGUGGACUAGUGUGUUAGAAAUACUGGGAAGUCAUCUUGAGGAAGCUGGUAUAUCAACUCUUGCUUUCACUGGCCGAAUACCUGUCAAAGAUCGCCCGGAUAUUAUCUCCGAAUUUAAUGACCCCUCCUCCAAAAAGCGUAUAUUAUUACUUUCGCUUACAGCUGGUGGCGUAGGUUUGAAUUUGAUUGGCGCCAAUAAUUUACUGUUAUUUGACUGCCACUGGAAUCCACAACUGGAGGCCCAAGCGCAAGAUCGCGUUUACCGUGUUGGACAGAAAAAAAAUGUGAUAAUUCAUAAAUUCAUAUGCAAAGAUACGGUGGAAGAGCGUAUUCAAGCUUUGCAAGAACGCAAACUGGCUUUGGCCGAUAACGUAUUGAGUGGUGGAAAAGCAUCGAAAGGUAGUAAACUGACAAUGGACGAACUUCAAAAUUUAUUUGGAAUGUAA